CCGGGGCGAAACCGCUCCUCCGAGCCACUCAGAUCGUGACAGCCGCGAUGCCCGCCGCCAACAUCGCUCCGAUGGACUCGCAAGCCAAGCCGCACGCCUCCUCCGAGCCUCUCACUUACUGGGGCCGCGUCCGCGACGUGGCGGCGGCAUUCUUCCCGAUGGGGUUUAUCGCCUUCGGCGGUCCGGCGGCGCACAUCGGCCUCUUUCUCAAGACGUUCGUGGAGGGGGAGCGGCCUUGGCUGGACGAGCAGCGCUUCAUGGAGCUCAUGUCGCUCGGGCAGGCGAUGCCCGGCCCCACCUCGACGCAGAUGGCCACGGCGAUGGGCAUCACGCGUGCGGGCGCGCUCGGUGGGCUGGUGAGCUUCUGGCUCUUUGACUGGGUCGGCUUCGCGGUGCAGCUGAGCACGGGCGCGGCGGUGUACUACCUCGACCUCGGCGCGCUCGACACCUACAAGAUGGUCGUGCUCGGCGCGGGGCCGGCCGCGAUCAGCCUCGUCUUUCUCGCCGCGCGCAUGCUCGGCAACAAGGCCUGCGGCGACGACCCGCUCCGCAUCUCGCUCGCGCUCUUCACGUGCUUCGUGGCGCUGCUGCUGCCGCGGGAGCACAUGCGCUGGGCCGCCUUCGCCUUCCCCGGCCUCAUCCUGUUUGGAGGCCUCGUCACCGCGCUCGACGCACGGCGACCGUCGCGGCGGGCCGCGUACGAAAAGGCGCUCUCCCCACCAACCGGCAAGGGGCUGCUCAAGCAGAUCGGCAUCCCGCGCCCGGCCGGCCUCCUCCUCGCCAUGGUCGCUGUCGGCUUGUUUCCCUUUGCGUGGGUCGCUCGCGACCUCGCCUGCGGCGGCUUCGGCGGCGCCGGCUCGCGCCAGCUCGCGGUCUUCUCGUCUCUCUACUGGAUGGGCUUCUCCAUCUACGGCGGCGGGCAGGUGGUGCUGCCCAUGCUCGAGUCGGAGUUCACGCGCGGCCGCUGCGAGCCGGGCGAGACGGGCUCGUUCCCGCCGCUCGACGCAGAGACGUUUGGCUUCGGCCUUGCGCUCGCGCAGUCGCUGCCGGGGCCGCUCUUCAACCUGUCCGCCUUCCUGGGGGCCGCGGUGGCGGGCGUCGGGGGCGGCAUCGUCGGGUUCCUCGGCCUGUUUGGGCCCGGUAUCCUGCUCAUCUACGCGCUGAUGCCCUUUUGGGAGUCGCUGCGACGGCAUGAGUGGGUGCGCUGCGCCCUCGUGGGCAUGAACGCCUCCGCCGUCGGCCUCGUCUUCCAGGCGUGUGUCACGCUCUGGGCAAAGUACUGCACGAACGGCGCCGAGGCGGCCGUCUGCAUCCUGGCGAUGGCGAUGCACAAGCGCUUCGCGCCCGGCGAUACGAAACCGCUCGCGCUGCGGCGCGCGUGGCCGGCGCUCGUCAUCUUUUCUUGCGCGACGCUUUGCCUCGUCCUCUUCUUCCUCGACCUCAACGGCGCUUACGGCGACUGGUGCCACGUUGCGAAAUAUGGCGAUUUCGCCACCCAGCCAAAUCGCACGGAGGCGUGCCCCUCCGCGAGCUGAGCUGUAGCAGAGAGUAGUCCACGCCGUGGGCGCCGGGCGGACGCGGGCGUCGUCGAUGGGCGCUGCAAGAUAGCUCGUUCGGUCGUUUUUAGAGUAAAGUUCCAGGUUAGGUAUAGCACAACCGUGCGGUGCACACAAA